AUGUCCACUCAUAAGCUCAUCCUCGUCCGUCACGGUCAAUCUGACUGGAAUGAAAAGAACCUUUUCACCGGUUGGGUCGAUGUCAAGCUCUCUGAAGUCGGUAUCAAGGAGGCCACUCGUGCUGGUGAGCUCUUGAAGGAGUCCGGCCUUAAGCCCGAUAUUCUCUACACUUCUAAGCUUUCUCGUGCUAUUCAAACUGCCAAUAUUGCUCUUGACAAUGCUGACCGUCUUUUCAUUGAUGUCAAGCGUAACUGGCGUCUUAACGAGCGUCACUACGGUGCUUUGCAAGGAAAGGACAAGGCUCAAACCUUGGCCCAAUACGGCAAAGAGCAAUUCAUGACUUGGCGUCGUUCUUUCGAUGUUCCUCCUCCACCAAUUGCUGACGACUCUGAGUUUUCUCAAGCUCACGAUGAAAGAUACAAGGAUGUUCCUAAGGAGGACCUUCCCAAGACUGAGUCUCUCGAGUUGGUCAUCAAGCGUCUGUUGCCUUACUGGCAAUCUGAUAUCUCCAAGGAUUUGCUUGCCGGUAAGACCGUUAUUGUCGUUGCCCACGGUAACUCCUUGAGAGCUUUGGUCAAGCACCUCGACAACAUCUCUGAUGAAGAUAUUGCUGGUCUUAACAUCCCUACUGGUAUUCCUCUUGUCUAUGAACUUGAUGACAACCUCAAGCCUGUCAAGAAGGCUGAGUACCUCGACCCUGAGGCUGCUGAGGCCGGAGCUGCCGCCGUUGCUGCCCAAGGUUCUAAAUAA